AUGGAAAAAGCUGAUCACGAUGACCUCUCGUCCAUGAUGCUCAGCUUAUCUGCAUAUGAAGACGUGCCUGAAGACAUGAAGUGCCUAUGGGAACAACAAAAGAAGAUGAUAAAAACAAAGAAAAAUGGCUAUAGAUGGCAUCCAAAGUAUGUUAAUGCUAUCAUAAAUCUAUUUGUGCAUGCCCUGAUAACGCUUGCAUGUAAUUGCCAAUUUGGUAAACGUACAUGUAACACGUACAUGUAACAACUGUAUAAUGUAUUUACGCUUUUUCUUAUAAUAAUUUCAGUUCUGGGAAAUUAAAUAUUGAUCUCAGAAUGCACACACUACAUGUAUGACUUCUAUAUUAUUGCUUUAUUCAUUGAAUUUUCUGUUUCUUGCUGCAGGGUGAUGAGAUUAUGCAUAGACCUGUAUUGCAAAAACCCUCAUGUGCUGGAUCCGCUAUGGCAAUUCAUCGUUUUGCCAAGCAACAAUACAAUAAGGUAUGAUGCAUAUACUAAUAAACAUAUUUUUGGUUGAAAUAUUGCAUCUUUUGACUUUUAUGACGACUGACAACAGUUAAUUUGUAACCAUAACUGAUCCAACGAAAGGCACUGAAUCUGUUGUUGUUGAGACUGCGAAUGAUAAAUGUUAGGUCCUAUUCCCGUCCGAUAGCCAACCAAUUAGAAUUUACCGAUAUAUUUAUUGAACAGUCGCAAAAAUUAAAGACGAUGCAUGAUUCCUGUCAUAUGUACUGUUGAAUUAUUAUGAGAUGUAGCAACUGCAUUGUAAAUAGAGAAUACAUUCUCAUUUUAAUUAGUAAUAAUAAUAAUAAUAAUCUUUACUUCAUCUAUCAGUAAAAUACAUAUCGUAUGUUACAUAGUAAAAACUUUCUUAAUUCUAUGUAUACAAAUUGUUUUUGUUAAUUAUUUCUAAAACCUAAAUUCCCAACUCAUAUUUAAAGAUUAACCGAUUCUUAAAACAGUUUUAUAGUGGUGUUAAUCUUUGGCUUAGGGAUAUGUUCAUUUUUGAGAUUGUGUUCGGUAUUUCUUACUAUAAUUCAUAUAAUGGAUGGUUCUCUAAUUUCCUAACCUUGUUAAAGAUCCUUUUAUCUUGUUCAUUUAGCAGUAGUUUGAUGUCAAUUGGCUUAGAUGUAUAGCCACGCUUUUUACAGCGAUAUAAAAACCGCUGAACACUAUAGAGUUAUGCAUUAGAGGCUCCAUACACUGACAAUCCAUAUGUAAUGUUAGGCAUAACUAAAGCCUGAAAUAAGUAGUCCAUUUCGUUCGGACUGUAACCUUCUUUUCGUAAAAUAGAUAUACUUUCGAAACUUCAUUCAAUUAUAUAAGCCUUUAUUGAAACUCCCAUCAUGGCUAUAUUAUAUAAUGUAUUCAUUUAUAAAGACUGCAUAAGAAUAAAAUCAGAGAAAAAGUUGGAUGGAACGACCAGAUGAUACAAUGGUGCCUGGAUCAGGCAAUAGCUAAAGAAUUCAAUGACACGGAUUACUGGGGUGGAUUUGCGUUGGACGAGAUGAAGAUCCAGGUAAUCUGGACUGCACACUGUUUAUAUCUCAGGAGUCUAUUCUUCUCCAAAAUUCAAAAAUGCGGGAUAAAAAAACUAUGUUAAAUCUGUACGAGUAAUUUUACUCCAGUAUUUUAAACUCCACUUUUUGAGUAACUUUUAUAUUCCAUUUUUUAAGUUAUUAUUUCUAAUAGACUUAUUUUAAAUAAAAAAUUUAUCGAUAUCCUGAUAAAAAAUAAAAUUAAAUGACUGAUUCGUGCAGCCGAAAUAUAUGACAUAGUAUCUUUUAAUUUCCAUUCCAUUUUCUGAUCCAGAUGUUAAUAUAAUAUUCAAAGCUGUAACUAUAUCCACUAUUCAUGCAUGUCAUGUUUGAAAUGUAUGCAUAAUUCAUUUUUCUAUCUAUGAUAACAAUUUACAAAUGAAAGCUGUCGGUAUGGUUUUUCUAUUUUGAAUUAUAGGAGAAUAUAGAAAUGACCUUUGAAGAAGGAAAACACAAGCUUGUUGGUUUAGUAGAUCUUGGAAAGGGUCAUGAUGCAAUGCGAACUCUAGCAGGUAGCCUACUGCAUGUGCUUUGUUACUGAACUAUAAAGCUAUUUAGUUUGAAAUGAGGGACGUCUUACUCCAAAAAUCUCGCACCCUUUGCCAAAAAAUGUAUGAAACAAUUGUUGUAUUGUCUGCUAAAAUUCUUAGAAAAGCCUGAACAGUUUUAUUUAAAAAUUAAAAAGUUUGGAAAAAUUCCCGUCAAAAAAAAUCCAAAACAUUUCCCUUCGGCUUGAACAUAAACUUAAGAAAAGACAUCGCAUUUAUUAUUUUGUUUCCCUACUUACCUGCAGAUGGCCAUGCACUUAGCCAAAACGACUAAUUAUCUAUAGCGACAUUCACCUAUAUUUUAGGUGCUGUUAAACGACGAAAGAGUACUCUAUCCAUGAGAGAAGUGCUGUUAAAUAAUGAGAGAAUAUACUCUCUCAACAUGAAUGGAACAUUUUUCUCACUUUUAUGUUUAAUAUCUUAUCGAUUUCUUUUAUAUAUAUAUAUAGGCGCUUGUGAUGAACCAGAACUGGCGACUCAGGUGUUACAAUUUGUUUUCUUAAGUGAUCGUGGACUUCGAUUUCCUAUAGCACAAUUCCCGUCAGGCAAUUGCACCCCCAGUGACAUUUACUUCCUCUUCUGGGAGGGAGUAUUAAAGAUGCAAGAAUAUGGUUUCGUGUAAGUUUAACGCCGAAAGUAUAACACAGCAAUUUCAAUUUUUUAUGCAUUCCUAAAGAAUGUAAAAUAAAAAUAUCAAAAAAUAUAUCGCACAUCCCUCUAAAGCCCUGGGCAAACUAAGAAACAAUGUUGAAACAUUUGUGAUUCUCGCGAUGUUUCCCCAAAUGUUUCCCUGUUUGCCCACCCGUGGAAACAUUGUUGCGGAAACAAAAUUUGCUUCCCGAGAAGCAAAAAUGUUUCCUAGCGAAUUCAGAAACAUUUGAUGUUUCCCUGUAGUUUCUCACUAAUAUUUUCAAGUGUUUGCCUACUAUUGGAAACAUGGCGAAACAUUGGUAGGAAACAAUGUUUUCUAGUUUGCACAGGGUUAAGAAGCAUGUUCAUGCAAAUUCAACUUUUCCUUAUUUUGACUCUCAUAAGUUAUCUAAUGAUAAAAAUUAACAUUUACUAAAAUAUUUCAAUGGGGCGAUUCAAGAUUUCGACACUUUUACAAAUGUUAAUUCAAGUAUAAGCUAUAUAUUUAUAAAUUAUAUAAAAAUUGAAUGCAAACGAAAAAGCUAGAGUAGUUUGAGUCACAGAAUUUCGUAUUGACAUUGAAAGUAAAUAAACUGAAUAAAGAAGACUGUAUAUCCAUCUUGAUAUCAAUUAAUAUCCUCCAUGUAGUGUGUACUGGUGUGUCUUGGACGGUGCUGAGUGUAACCGACAAUUUAUAAAGAUGCAUUUCAAGGGCAACUUUGUGGAAAAAAAAUUUGUGACAUGUAACAUAUACACUGGGAAACCUAUGAUAUUCAUUAUGGAUCCCAAGGUGAUUAGGUCAUAUAUUUUACUAUAAAUAUAAAUAGUUAGUUACUUAUAUCGAUUGUAUUGUAAUUUAGCCUUACAUAUAUAAUAAUCGAUAUAUGCUAAAUUCCAAUCUCGUACCCAGGGUCCCCGAAAUUCCAAUCUCGUACCUAGGGUGCACGUGACAUAUUAUGGUUGACAUGAUUUGUCAAUAAGCGCAUAUAAUGAGUGUUUGAAACUAUUUUUAAUAUGAAUAAUUAUUUAUAAUAAUUAAGUACAUUUCGAAAAUUAAAACAAAAACAACCAAAGCUUAAUGAUUAUUGUAUACAUGUAUAAUUAUGCAUAAACAUGUGUGUUCUGUAUUAUUUUGAACUAGCACAAUAUAAAGAAGUUGCAAAACAACAUCCUUAAAAGUAAUUCAAGUGGGAAACCAAGAUGUCUCAUAUUAAAUGGUAAAGUUAUUACUUGGCACCAAUUUAAAGCAGCUUUCCAAUGGGAUCAAGACAGCUUUUCGUUACCACUUCAUGAGAAAUUGACAUUAGAACAUUUCGAACUGGAUUCGGCUGCCAAAAUGAGAAAUCAUUUAGCGGAGGAUGUUCUACAUAACAAAAUGCUCUUCUUGAUGCAGGUAAUUUUAAUUAAAAAAGUUCUUUAUAAAUUAUUCCAUGGUGGAUUGUAUUGCAUGUACUUAAAUUAUAUUAUUCAUUAGUUCAACUAUAUAAUAGUCUUAAAUUAUUACUUCAAAUCUGCAUAUGGAUUUUAAUAAAAUCCACUGUAUAUAUAUAUAUAUAUAUAUAUAUCGGUUUGGCAUUGUAAUGUAUUGUGCUAUAUUGAUUACUGAGACUAUUUAACUGACAGUAGACAGAUUUAUAUAGAGGACGCGGACGUCAAAGACGACGUGAAAAUGGCGUCAAAAUGGCGUGGUAUAUCCAUACAUGGGCACAACAUGCCAUUUUCACAUCGUCUUUGACGUCCGCGUCACAGAAUAAGAAGGUACAGCAGAAGUGUAACUCAAGCAAAUAUUUGUCCGCGUUUUUACAAGCGAUUCGUCAUCAAUCACGCCAUCCUGGCUAGUACAACCGGCACUUUGUACCUACCAAAACCUGAUAAAAACUUCCGGCUGUACUAGCCAGGAUGGCGUGGAUUGGCGUAAGCGAGUUAAAAUUUUCGUGGACGUAAAACACUAAAGGAACCGUCUCGAGUUACACUUCUGCUAUACCUUAAUUCUUAUUCUGUGUCCGCGUCCUCUAUCUAAAUCUGUAUAUUUACAAAGUGAUGCAUAUACCGAGCAAAUUUCGAUAAAAUAUUUUGUCUAAAUCGUAUAUUUUAACCGUUGCAAAGUUGGGAACAACCAUUAAAAAUUAACUUGUGACUUAAGAUCAUGAAUUUCACUUCAAUUAAUUGCCUGCACCAACAUAAUUAUCACUAACUAAUAAUGCGUAACGAUUGCACUACAUAUUUCAUGUUUCUUUACAGAAGUAUCAACAACAUCUGGACGCAAUAGGAAAUUACGGAUCUACAGUUGUUUCCGCCAUUUCACUGUUGGAACAUACAAGCGCAAUCGUCAGUCUUUUUAACGACAAGAUGUUCAUCAACUCUACCAACGACGAGAGGUUGACAAAACUACAGAAAUUUUACAAUGUCAUAGCAGAAUGGACUGAUAAUUGUAAAGAAUCGAAGACAUCGUUUGUCUCAGAUAAACUCUGGUUCGAUUUGCAAUCGAUGUGUAUUGGCUUCAAAUCACUUGUAUCUAUCAAACUCCAGAACUUCCCCAACUCUGUGGUAAAGCCUGCAAUAGUAAACCAAGAUUGUGUUGAGAAUCAUUUUUGCCAAGUAAGGGCAAGUAACGGUCAAAAUAACAACCCCACGUUUCUUCAACAACAAUCAGUUCAGAAUUCAGUCAGAUUUGGUCAAACUGUGAUAAGCAGAAAAAGCAAUGCUGGAAAACCAAGAUAA